GCCUGGCAGGGUGGGGGGUGAGAGGGGUGGGUGAUGCAGCCCUGGACAUGGGGGAUGCUCCCCUGGGCAUGGACAUUGCACGCCCUGAUGUGGGUGUUGCACCCCUUGAUGCAGGUGGUGCACCCCUGGGCAUAAGCAAUGCACCCCUGUGAGUAGCUGAUGCACCCCUGGGUGCAGGCAAUGCAUCCUUUGAUGUGGGUGAUGCACCCCCGGGCAUGGGAGAUGCACCCCUUGGUGCAGGUGAUGCACCCUUAGGCACAGGCGAUGCAGGCAGAGCAUCACUGAGGGGUGCAGGACCAAACCACCCCUCAGCACCACGGGGUGCCCCUUGCCGUGGCUGGGGCUCCCUCCCCGCCAUCCCCAUUGGCCCGGGUGCGGUUUGAAGCAGGCCGGCUGUGCCGAUUGGCCAUGCACGGUGCCGGGGAGGCCGCCGUGGCGAUGGAGGCGUGGUUCAGGCCUUCAAAUAGGAGCCCGGUGCUGCCGGCGCAGACAGUGCGGCACCGCACACAGCCCGGCGGCCUUUGUCUGCGGUGGGGCUGGGGACCGGGGCACCGCGCUCACUCCAGGCUCUCUUUGCAGCUGCCGGCACGUGAGCCCAUCGCUGCGGCUGCCGGGCACCCAACCGGUGCUGCGGUGCCAGCGCCGAGGAUGCCCGUCGAGGCGCUGCAGGCCGGUGAUGCCAUGAAGGGGGUGCCGGUGCCGGCUCCCUUCACCUCGACCAUGCCCGUCCGCAUCCUCCGCAAGGGCCCGGCUUAUUUCCGCCGUGGCACCGAGCCGGGCGCCGGGAAGCCGAGCGCGGUGGAGAGGCUGGAGGCCGACAAGGCCAAGUACGUGAAGAGCCAGCGGGUCGCCAGCACCAGGCAGGAGCCGGUGAAGCCACCACUCCUCAAGCAGCCCCUCUUCACAGCGGGGGUGCGCCGGGCCGUGCUCACCCCCAGCCGCAGGGCACCGCCGGGACCGCGUGGCACCAAGACCUGCCUCGACCUGGAGAUCCUCAACAACCUCAUCAACCUCUGCGACAGCCCCUUCCCCAAGGCGGAGACCCCGCUGGGCAGGGACUGCAAGUGGAGGGCGGAGGAGCCGGCGCCGCAGUGCAGUGGGGCGGACGGUGCUGCCAAACCACCGCAGAGUCCCAUUGGCACCAAGCCCCCUGGCAGCGUGGCCGUGAGGAGGGUGGAUGUGCGUCCCUGCGGGGCUCCAUGGGGAGCGGUGACACCAGUGACACCAGUGACAUCAAUGGCACCGAUGACACCAGUGACACCGGUACCCUCAUCCCCCAUCCCCGGCGCGCUGCCGGCAACCCCAUCACGGAGCUCACCCUCCCGCCCCGAGAGCGCGCGCCGGCAGCCGGUGCUGCACCGCUCCAAGUCGGACCUGAGCGACCGCCUGUCGCGGGCCACCGCCGACCUGGAGCGCUUCUUCAACUACUGCGGCCUGGACCCCGAGGAGCUGCAGGACACGGGCGCCGAGCGCUUCGCCCGCGCCAGCUCCGACAUCGUCUCGCUCAAGUUCCACAGCGUGAGCACGGCCAGCUCGGAGGGUGGCCGCUCGCCGCCCAGCGCCGCCACACCGGAGGGACGCCCGCCGGAGCGCGUCCCGUAUGGCAUCUCCAUCAUCGAGCGCAACGCCCGCGUCAUCAAGUGGCUGUACGGGCUGCGCCAGGCCAGGGAGCACCAGCAGGUCUCCAAUGUGUAGCCGUGCCGCGGUUGAGGGCACUGGGGUGGGGUGCUCAUAGAAGGCAAUGAUGGACAUGGAGGAGCAGGGGGUGACCUCUUGGUGGGGAUGGGACCCUUGAACUCAGACCCAUUGUUGCUUCCCUGGUGCGGUGGCCACGCAUCCAUCCCCCUGGC